GCAUGGAAAAAUAUGUGGAGGAGAGUAAAAUGCGCUUAACUGCUGCCAAGGAUGUCAUUGGAGGCGGACAUUGUAGUCCAUCGUCGUUCCCUGGUUAAAUUUUGUCCUUCAAACCAAACUUAAUCAUGCCUACCCAUUCACACUACCUCCGGCAAAAUUUGAGCCCAGCUUUCAAGGCAGCAGUCGUACCGAAAGAAGGAAGAUUCAGAUGAACCUUUUAUGCUGGUGUACUGUCUGAAAGUGUUACAGUGAAAAUUCAAUUCCGACGGCGUGAAGCUGAGUAUGAUAUUUGUUGGUUACUACCAGCCAUUGUGUUUGAAAUCUCCUAGGGCUGGAAAAAAAUAUGGAGGGAGCGAUCUGUGAGGGAGGGAGCCGCAGAGUGUUGUUGGUCUCCGCGGGAGCAAGUCACACUGUUGCAGUUCUCUCUGGAAAUGUUGUAUGUUCUUGGGGCCGUGGAGAAGAUGGACAGUUAGGCCAUGGAGAUGCAGAGGAUCGCCAUAAGCCAACAAUCAUAAGUGAUCUUGAUGGUUGUGAAAUUACAUCUGUAAUUUGUGGUGCUGAUCAUACAACAGCAUAUUCAGAUACCAGGCUGGUGGUUUACAGUUGGGGUUGGGGAGAUUUUGGAAGACUUGGACAUGGAAACUCCAGCGAUUUAUUUAUUCCACAUUCAAUCAAGUUAUUAUAUGGACUUAAGAUCAAGCAAAUAGCAUGUGGAGACAGCCACUGCCUUGCUGUGACAAGAGAUGGGGAGGUACAAAGCUGGGGUCGCAAUCAAAAUGGGCAGCUUGGCCUUGGAAAUACGGAAGACUCACUUGUGCCUCAAAAGAUUCAAGCUUUUGAGGGUUUGGCCAUCAAGAUGGUAGCCGCAGGUGCUGAGCACACAGUUGCUGUCAGUGAGGAUGGGAAUCUUUAUGGCUGGGGUUGGGGCCGUUAUGGCAACUUAGGUUUGGCUGAUAGAAAUGAUCGAUUCAUUCCAGAAGAGGUGGCCACAAUAAAUGGAGAGAAAUUCAGCAUGAUUGCUUGUGGAUGGCGUCACACCAUUGCAGUUUCAGAUUCGGGUAAUUUGUACACAUAUGGCUGGAGUAAGUAUGGGCAGCUUGGACAUGGUGAUUAUGAGGACCAUCUUGUUCCAUGUCGAGUGGAAGGUUUAAGAAAUUAUCAUAUAGCUCAGAUUUCUGGGGGUUGGCGACAUACAAUGGCUCUUGAUAAAGAGGGACAGAUAUAUGGGUGGGGAUGGAACAAGUUUGGGCAGGUUGGUGUUGGGGAUAAUAUUGAUCACUGCAGUCCAUUGCCAGUGACACUUCCUGUUGAACAGAAAGUUGUUCAGGUGUCGUGUGGAUGGAGACAUACAGUUGCAGUUACAGAUAAGCAUAAUGUGUUCUCUUGGGGCAGGGGUACAAGUGGCCAGUUAGGACAUGGAGACAUCAAUGAUAGAAAUAUUCCUCAACUUGUAGAGGCAUUAAGUGCAGAUGGAUCAGCCUGUCAACAAAUUCAGACAUCUAAAGAAGCAGUUCUAUCUGGCUCAAAUUGGAUAUCACCAUCAGAGAGAUAUGCACUUGUCCCAGAUGAAUCUGGUACCGGCCAAGUUUCGUUGGCCUCAAACAGCGCUUUUGCUGAUGCAAGUGUCCCAAAUUCUGACGCUAAGCGCGUGCGUACUGGACAGUGAAGUAGUAAUAUUUUGUGCAUAUUCACCGGCAAGAAGAUUUAGCUGUUUUAAUUUGGGUAUAGUAACUUAUCUUGUGAAGCUAAUGUUUACAGUCCUUGGAAAACUGUUAGAUGAAAAUUGAUAGCAAAUGUGGAAAUGUUUAUGGCAUACUUCUUGAACUUGUCUAUGACCAGACGAGCCUCGUUAGCUUUUCUUAUGUCUGCAUGGUUGUGGGUACCUGUUUUAGGAAACGUUUUUGUUACUCACACAGACACAAACUUCUACAAACAAAUGAACAAUGUUGUUAGGCAAGUCUUUAUUAUGUAUUAAAAUAAUAGAAUCGAGUUAUCCAUCA